UCGACUCGCGGCAGCAGCAGCGUAAUUUCCUCCACCAUUUUCUGCAAAUGGACGCUUUGCUGCUGUGUCAUCGUUAUUUAUCGCUCUGAAUUUAUUAGUUUUCAUACCGUUAAAAUCGUUCGAAUUCAGACAAAUAUAUCGAUAAACUGCUCCCCAUCCUGUGGGGAAGCGAUUCCAUCGAAAAAAGUAAUUAGAUAAAGAAGGCGAAUAAGAAGAGGAAGCGGCUGCCAGAAUGAGUAGCGAUUCAAAGGCACCGGUUCGGACGGUGAAAAAGGUGCAGUUCGGUAUCCUGUCUCCGGAUGAGAUUCGCCGGAUGUCGGUCACCGAAGGGGGCAUCCAAUAUGCGGAAACCAUGGAAGGCGGCCGGCCCAAACUGUGCGGUUUGAUGGAUCCUCGACAGGGUGUCAUCGAACGUACGUCUCGAUGUCAGACUUGUGCUGGGAAUAUGACGGAAUGCCCGGGCCACUUCGGUCAUAUCGAUUUGGCUAAACCCGUAUUUCACAUUGGUUUUGUAACGAAAACAAUCAAAAUUUUGCGCUGCGUUUGUUUUUACUGUUCGAAAAUGUUGGUAGCUCCGAGCAACCCGAAGAUUAAGGAAAUUGUUAUGAAAUCAAAAGGACAACCCCGAAAACGGCUGGCCUACGUUUAUGAUCUUUGCAAGGGUAAGAAAAUUUGCGAAGGUGGUGAAGACAUGGACAUCACGAAGGAUGGAGCCGCACCAGACCCAAACAAAAAACAGGGUCAUGGUGGUUGCGGUCACUAUCAGCCUUCACUGCGGAGAACCGGAUUGGAUGUGAUUGCAGAGUGGAAGCAUGUUAACGAAGACUCCCAGGAGAAAAAGAUAGCAGUUACGGCGGAACGAGUAUGGGAAAUAUUGAAACACAUUACCGAUGAGGAGUGCUACGUACUUGGUAUGGAUCCGAAAUUCGCACGCCCCGAUUGGAUGAUUAUCACGGUACUUCCGGUACCACCGUUGGCUGUGCGACCGGCUGUUGUCAUGUUUGGUGCAACUAAGAAUCAGGAUGAUUUGACACAUAAGCUGUCCGACAUCAUUAAGGCUAAUAAUGAGCUGAAGAAGAAUGAAGCCACGGGUGCUGCGGCUCACGUCAUUGCCGAGAAUAUCAAAAUGUUGCAGUUUCAUGUGGCUACUCUGGUGGACAACGAUAUGCCCGGUAUGCCGAAAGCCAUGCAAAAGAGUGGUAAACCUCUGAAGUCAGUCAAAUCAAGAUUGAAGGGUAAGGAAGGUCGUAUUCGUGGUAAUUUGAUGGGAAAACGUGUGGAUUUUUCGGCACGUACUGUCAUCACUCCGGAUCCGAAUUUGCGUAUCGAUCAGGUCGGUGUUCCACGGUCUGUGGCACAGAACAUGACAUUCCCCGAGCUGGUGACUCCGUUCAACAUUGACAGAAUGCAAGAACUGGUCCGCAGAGGCAAUUCUCAGUAUCCGGGUGCGAAAUACAUUGUCCGUGACAAUGGCGAACGCAUCGAUCUUCGCUUUCACCCGAAAUCCAGUGAUCUGCAUCUACAGUGUGGCUACAAAGUCGAGCGGCAUCUCCGUGAUGACGAUCUGGUCAUUUUCAACCGUCAGCCCACACUACACAAAAUGAGUAUGAUGGGUCAUCGUGUUAAAGUACUGCCGUGGUCUACUUUCCGGAUGAAUCUCAGUUGUACUUCUCCGUACAACGCUGAUUUUGACGGAGACGAAAUGAAUCUUCACGUGCCGCAGUCGAUGGAAACCAGAGCUGAGAUUGAAAAUAUUCAUAUUACUCCUCGGCAGAUUAUCACCCCGCAGGCCAAUAAACCCGUCAUGGGUAUUGUGCAGGAUACUCUGACGGCCGUUCGAAAAAUGACCAAACGUGAUGUCUUUCUGGAGAAGGAACAGAUGAUGAAUUUGCUCAUGUUCUUGCCCACUUGGGACGGCAAAAUGCCUCAGCCUUGUAUUUUGAAACCCAAACCCCUCUGGACUGGCAAGCAGAUUUUCACAUUGAUUAUUCCUGGUAACGUGAACAUGAUUCGAACUCAUUCCACCCAUCCGGACGAGGAGGAUGACGGUCCGUACAAAUGGAUUUCGCCUGGUGACACCAAAGUCAUGGUAGAACACGGUGAACUGAUUAUGGGUAUUCUGUGCAAAAAAACUCUCGGUACUUCGGCUGGUUCUUUGCUUCACAUUGUAUUUUUGGAGCUGGGACACGAAAUUGCCGGUCGCUUCUACGGAAACAUUCAGACCGUCGUCAACAAUUGGCUACUGCUGGAGGGUCACAGCAUCGGUAUCGGUGACACCAUUGCCGAUCCUCAGACAUACGCCGAAAUUCAGCGCGCUAUUCGCAAAGCCAAGGAAGAUGUCAUUGGCGUUAUCCAGAAGGCACACAACAUGGAACUGGAACCGACACCCGGUAACACACUGCGACAGACGUUCGAGAAUCAGGUGAAUCGUAUUUUGAAUGAUGCUCGUGACAAAACUGGUGGUUCGGCCAAGAAGUCACUGACUGAGUACAACAAUCUCAAGGCUAUGGUGGUGUCCGGUUCGAAGGGAUCCAACAUUAAUAUUUCGCAGGUUAUUGCUUGCGUGGGCCAACAGAACGUUGAAGGUAAACGGAUUCCGUUCGGUUUCCGUAAACGAACGUUGCCUCAUUUCAUCAAGGAUGACUAUGGUCCCGAGUCGAGAGGUUUUGUGGAAAAUUCCUACCUUGCCGGGUUGACUCCAACGGAGUUCUACUUCCACGCCAUGGGAGGUCGCGAGGGUUUGAUUGAUACUGCUGUAAAAACUGCCGAAACUGGUUACAUCCAGCGUCGUCUAAUCAAGGCUAUGGAGUCAGUUAUGGUGAACUACGAUGGAACGGUGCGUAACUCGGUUGGCCAGCUCAUUCAGUUGCGUUACGGCGAGGAUGGACUGUGCGGUGAAACGGUGGAGUUUCAGAAUUUGCCCACGGUGAAGCUGUCGAAUAAGGUGUUCGAAAAGCGGUACCGAUUCGAUCCGUCCAACGAGCGAAAUCUGCGACGAGUUUUCAACGAAGAUGUGAUCAAAGAGUUGACAGAAUCGGCGGAUGUUAUUCAAGAGAUUGAAGCCGAAUACGAUCAGCUGAUGCGGGAUCGGGAAGCACUGAGACAAAUUUUCCCCAACGGAGAAUCGAAGGUCGUACUGCCGUGCAAUUUGCAACGUAUGAUCUGGAAUGUGCAGAAAAUUUUCCACAUUAACAAGCGAGCACCGACCGAUCUGUCUCCGUUGAAGGUAAUUCAUGGCGUUCGGGAGUUGCUGCAGAAGUGCGUGAUUGUGGCCGGUACGGAUCGACUGUCGAAGCAGGCUAACGAAAACGCCACUUUGCUGUUCCAGUGUUUGGUACGAUCGACACUGUGCACAAAAUAUGUGGCCGAAGAGUUCCGUUUGAAUAAUGAAGCGUUCGAGUGGUUGAUCGGAGAAAUCGAAACACGUUUCCAGCAAGCCCAGUGUAAUCCGGGUGAGAUGGUCGGUGCUUUGGCUGCUCAGUCUCUCGGUGAACCUGCCACUCAGAUGACACUGAACACUUUCCAUUUUGCUGGUGUGUCCUCGAAGAACGUAACGCUGGGUGUACCGAGAUUGAAGGAAAUUAUCAAUAUUUCUAAACGACCAAAAGCUCCUUCGCUAACGGUUUUCCUCACCGGUGGAGCAGCUCGAGAUGCGGAGAAAGCUAAAAAUGUCCUCUGUAGACUGGAACACACGACACUCCGGAAGGUAACUGCCAACACGGCCAUUUACUACGAUCCGGAUCCACAGAGAACGGUCAUCGCCGAGGAUCAGGAGUUCGUAAAUGUGUACUACGAAAUGCCCGAUUUUGAUCCUACCAGAAUUUCACCGUGGCUGUUGCGUAUCGAGUUGGAUCGCAAGAGAAUGACAGAUAAGAAGUUGACUAUGGAGCAGAUUGCGGAAAAGAUUAAUGCCGGUUUCGGGGAUGAUUUGAAUUGUAUUUUCAAUGACGACAACGCCGACAAGUUGGUGCUGCGAAUUCGUAUCAUGAAUCACGAAGAUAACAAAUUCCAAGAGAACGAGGAAGAAAACAUGGACAAGAUGGAAGACGACAUGUUCCUGAGGUGUAUUGAAGCAAAUAUGUUAUCGGACAUGACCCUGCAGGGUAUAGAAGCUAUCGGUAAGGUGUACAUGCAUUUGCCCCAGACAGACGCCAAGAGACGGAUUGUGAUUACUCCGGAGGGUGAGUUCAAAGCCAUCGGAGAAUGGCUCCUGGAAACUGACGGUACCUCAAUGAUGAAAGUGCUGAGCGAGCGUGAUGUGGAUCCGGUCCGAACUGCCAGUAACGAUAUUUGCGAGAUCUUCCAAGUGUUGGGCAUUGAAGCUGUGCGAAAAUCGGUCGAAAAAGAAAUGAACAACGUACUGCAGUUCUACGGUCUUUACGUAAACUAUCGUCAUUUGGCUUUGCUGUGCGACGUCAUGACUGCGAAGGGUCACUUGAUGGCCAUUACUCGUCACGGUAUCAACAGACAGGACACUGGUGCCCUUAUGAGAUGUUCCUUCGAAGAAACAGUGGAUGUGUUGAAUGACGCUGCUGCGCACGCCGAGGUCGAUCCUAUGAGAGGCGUAUCGGAAAAUAUCAUCAUGGGACAAUUGCCCCGGAUGGGAACUGGUUGUUUCGAUUUACUGUUGGAUGCGGAGAAAUGCAAACUGGGCAUGGAAAUUCCUCACACUUCAAUCAUGGGAGCUACGGGAAUGUUCUUCGGACCGGGAGCUACACCGAGCAUGAGUCCACAAAUGACUCCGUGGCAACAGUCACAGACACCAGGUUAUGGAGAAUGGUCUCCAUCGGGACCACCAAGCGGUAUGACUCCAGGCGGGCCAGCAUUCUCACCUUCGGCGCAGUCUGAUGCCUCGGGAAUGUCUCCAUCUUGGUCACCGAUGCCGGGUUCUCCGAGUUCCCCUGGACCAUCGAUGUCACCAUUCUUCGCGUCAUCGCCAAGUGCAUCUCCGUCAUAUUCGCCGAGUAGUCCAAAUUAUGCAGCUGCAUCACCAGGUGGCGCUUCUCCUGGAUACUCACCUACUAGUCCAAGCUAUUCACCAACAAGCCCAAGCUACUCGCCCACGAGUCCGCGUUAUUCACCGACAUCUCCAAACUACAGUCCGGCUUCACCAAACUAUUCACCAACGUCGCCAAGCUACUCUCCCACAUCUCCACUGUACUCACCAACCGGAACCUAUGCCCCAUCUAGCCCGGCCUAUUCCCCAACAUCACCUUCAUACUCGCCGACAAGUCCGUACUCGCCAACUUCUCCCAGCUAUUCACCUACCUCUCCUGCAUAUUCCCCAACCAGUCCAUCCUAUUCGCCAUCAAGUCCUUCCUACUCCCCAACAUCACCUUCCUAUUCACCGACAUCCCCCAGUUAUUCUCCGACAUCUCCAAAUUACACACCGGCGACACCGUCGUAUUCCCCAACCAGUCCGAACUAUUCCCCGAGCUCGCCCCAUUACUCACCAACUUCCCCAAGCUACUCACCAUCUUCACCGAAAUAUUCACCCACCUCUCCAAGCUACUCACCAACGUCUCCGUCAUACAGCGGCAGUCCACACUACACUCCCACGAGCCCGCAGUACUCUCCGACCAGUCCUAAAUAUUCCCCAACAUCCCCGAGCUAUUCGCCAAGUUCCCCACAACACUCACCGAGCAGCGGCAGUACCUUUAUGGUUAGUUCGCCAACCUAUUCACCGUCGACGGCUCGCUACUCGCCCAACAUGUCCUCCUAUUCCCCCGGCAGUCAAAAAUACUCGCCGACCAGUCCGGUCUAUACUCCUACAUCGCCCCACUAUUCACCUUCCAGUCCGGCAUACUCACCGACCGGCCAGGGCUAUAGCCCUUCCAGCCCGGCCAGUCCAACGUAUUCGCCAUCCAGUCCGUCGUACGAGGAAAGCCCCGAAGAUUAGAGAAUUCGUCGCACAAGUUCUGUCUAAGACAGCAACCGUUGGGGAAUGGAUCAGUAAGGCGAUGCAGAAGGCUGAUGAUGUUUUUCAUAAACAAAUGUUGUUUCGCGUGUUUUAAAUUUAACCAAACGAUAAACUUUAAUGUGUUUUUCUGGCGAUGCUUACGCGGAGCCUUCGUUAUAAUGUAACGAAAAAAAAAUGAAAAUGUUAAAUUAAGAAUGCACACAAUACAUAAUUUAUACAUACUACAUAUAAUAAAUCUUCAUCGCAUUAUUCGAAAAACAUUUGAAUAAAAAUAUGUGUACAUUUUCGAUUAGUAAGCAUUUAAACAUUGUUUGAAAAAAGGUUAGAGCGCUAUUUUCAGCAAUUGAAAGCGAUUUAUUUUCAGCAGAUAGUUCGCUCGCAUGCAUAUUGUGGCCGGUUUUUUUCAUUACAGUCUAAAAAUUUAGUUUACAGAUUUUAGUUUUAAUCGAUCUUAAAAUGCUGAACUAAUAAAAACGUUUCCAAUACACCAA